UUAUAGAAAAUACCAACCGACUUUUUCAAACGAGGUAGCUUGAUAUUCUGACAUGUCCAAUCCGUUGAUCAAGGCUGUUGUGACUACUCUUAUUCAAGUGGUGCUAAUCUUCGAUCAUCACAACGUUCAAGCAGAAUUUAGUGACACUUGUGACAACUCCGCUAGUUCACUCUCAUGCAUCCAUACAUAUGAGCAGCUUUAUCACAGCCUAACAAAGUCAGAUAACAGCUUUAGCAUUGAGUCUGCCUUAUAUCCAGCUAAGAAACCCUCUUCUGUUCGUGUGUUUGUGAAUUUAUAUGGUCCCAAGAAAACAGGUUCACCCAUUGCAAGGUACACUUGGAGCUUAUCUUGUCUGUAUGUUGCUAUUCCUGAUUUCUUCUUGGAGAUUGUGUCACUUGGAUCAAUCCUUGUCAGACAUCGGACAAAAGAAUUGAACUUAAAAAUCCCAAAUUUUUGUUGCAAUGUGUCGAAAACAGGGGAUGAAAGAAGGAAGACGAUAAACGAUAUGAUUGAAAGUGUCCUCUCUGCGCUUCAAGAUCUGGCCAUUUCACCAGGGAUAAGAGAUCCACGACUGAACAAUGCAGAGUGUGUUAUCGAGGGCCAUGGUAUAGAUAUGGAAGCUACUGGACGCUGGAUCGAAAUCAGAAUAAUGAUAUGGGGUUCUUUUUUUUUCACCUGUGCAGCUUACAAACCACUCUGUACGAUAGUGAGAGGAUUUGUGAGUCGUUUGAGGAACAGAAGUAGCUCUUUGCAAUAUUUAAGUAUCUUGUUGGCAAUACUUGGUUUAUGUAAAUGGAUGAUACUUGUAAUUUUUUUGAUUUAUCGCACUGUCAGAGACGGACCACUUUACGUGGAUAUCUCACUUAUUUUGAUUCCCGUUUUGUAUUUUACUAAAAUAGGGAAGGAAAUCUGGUAUAUUUAUAGGAUCUCUGAGCUGAGGUACAUCAGCCUUAUAUGGUAUGACCAAUUUGUUGGACCUUUUGUUAUUUAUACCAGUUUCUGCUUCUGUUGGAUGCUCAUCGGCAUAAUACUUAACCCAGUUUGGGGUGUGAUAGUUGCACUAAUAGUAUGUUUUGUUGUUACUUUCUUAAAUUAUGUGGUCGACAGGUGCAUAAACGUUAGGCAAACAGGAUUGGAAGUAAGAUUUCACACAACCUUUCGAAGAUUGUUCGUACUUGCUUCUCUGGCUCUCACAUUUCUAAUAAUUGUUGUAAUUUUUGCCGGACAAUCGUUUAAUGGAAGAGAAACCGCAGGUGACUUAAUCAACACCGUGCUGUUUACUGCUCUUUCUGCUGUUUUUUCGUGGUUGUCAUGGAAGAGGCUUUGGCAGCCAACAGGUAAACCGCAGCCACUUUCCAGAGGAAUAUCUACCCACGACUCAACCCGAGAAAUCAUGGGGGAAAGCCAGCUUCCAUCACAUUAUUCCGAUGUGCCAGCGAAUGAUCAAAACCAUUCAACUGGUUCCUUAACCAGACAAAUAACCUACGUGUAA